AAGAGAUACACUUCGUUGUUCAAAGCCAACACCACAAACUAACUUUCUAGUGUUGCAAAAAACAGAAAGGCAGAUCAAAAACAGUAGAAAGUGAGCUUUUUUUGAGAGAUAAAGAAUCACAUAUAGACUGUUUUUGGAGUGAAAAAACAAGAUGGCGAUGGGAAAAGAAAUCAUGGGUGGUUCUAUGAUUGAGAGGUCUUCAUUUGUUUCAUCAACAAAAGUGUUUCUGAAUCAUGGUAAGAACAACAACAUGUUUUUGGUUAAACAUUUGGAGAAAAGGAGGGCAGUAGUGCCUUUGAGGAAGGUUGUGAAGGGUCCUGUGGUGGCUGCUGUGAGUGAAGAUUUGGUGAAGUCUGUGCCUGUUGUGUCUGUGCCUGCAGAGAAGUUUAAGGUGAGAGCUGUUGUGACAGUGAAGAAUAAGAACAAGCAGGACUUCAAAGAUAAAAUUGUGAAGCAUUUGGAUUGUUUGACUGAUAAUAUUGGGAGGAAUAUUGUUCUGCAACUAGUCAGCACUGAAAUUGAUCCAAAAACUAAGGCUCCAAGGAAAAGCAAUGAGGCUGUGUUAAAAGACUGGUCAAAGAAAUCGAAUGUCAAAGCUGAGAGGGUUAAUUACACAGCUGAGUUUAUGUUGAACUCUAAUUUUGGUGUGCCUGGAGCAAUCACAGUGAGCAACAACCAUCAGAUGGAGUUUUUUUUGGAGACUAUUACCAUUGAAGGAUUUGCAUUUGGUCCAGUCCACUUCCCUUGUAACUCAUGGGUGCAAUCCAGGAAAGAUCAUCCAGAAAAGAGGAUAUUCUUCUCAAAUAAGCCAUAUCUACCAAAUGAAACGCCUGGUGGGCUUAGAUCAUUAAGAGAGAAAGAGCUUAGAGAUAUAAGGGGUGAUGGCAAAGGAGUCAGAAAAUUAUCUGACAGGGUAUAUGAUUUUGAUGUGUACAAUGAUUUGGGAAAUCCAGACAAGGGAAUUGACCUUGCUAGGCCAACACUUGGAGGUGAAAAAAUUCCAUAUCCUAGACGGUGUCGCACUGGUCGUCUUCCUACUGAUACUGAUAUGCAUGCAGAAAGCAGGGUUGAGAAGCCAUUACCAAUGUAUGUGCCUAGAGAUGACCAAUUUGAGGAGUCAAAGCAAGACACAGUUUCUGCUGGGAGGCUUAAAGCAGUGCUUCACAACUUAAUCCCAUCCUUGAAAGCCAGCAUUUCGGCUAAUAACCACGAGUUCAAAGGAUUUUUGGACAUUGACAACCUCUAUAGUGAAGGUGUCCUCCAUGAACUGGGGUUGAAAGAUGAACUCGUAAAGCAGCUCCCACUGCCAAAGGUGGUCAGCAAUAUCCAAGAAUCCAAUAGGGGAAUUACCAAAUUUGACACCCCCAAGAUAGUUUCCAAGGACAAGUUUGCAUGGUUGCGAGAUGAUGAAUUUGCCCGACAAGCAAUUGCAGGAAUAAAUCCAGUUAGUAUUGAAAGGCUUACAGUGUUCCCUCCUGUGAGCAAGCUUGAUCCUGAAAUCUAUGGUCCUCAGGAGUCUGCACUCAAAGAAGAACACAUUAUGGGCUAUCUCAAUGGCAUGACUGUACAACAGGCAUUGGAGGACAACAAGCUGUUUAUAUUGGAUCACCAUGAUGCUUACCUUCCAUUUCUUGAACGUAUUAAUGCCCUUGAUGGCCGAAAAGCUUAUGCAACUCGUACCGUAUUUUUCUUGACCUCUCCUGGGACUCUUAUGCCCAUUGCUAUAGAACUUAGCCUUCCACCGUCAAGUUCAAGUUCUUGCUCUAAACGCGUUGUCAGACCAGCUGUUGAUGCUACUUCCAAUUGGAUGUGGCAGCUUGCCAAGGCUCAUGUGAGCUCCAAUGAUGUAGGGGUACACCAACUUGUUAACCAUUGGUUGCGUACACAUGCAAGCUUGGAACCGUUUAUACUAGCUACACACAGGCAAAUGAGUGCAUUGCACCCUAUAUUCAAGCUUUUAGACCCUCACAUGAGAUAUACAAUGGAAAUCAAUGCCUUGGCCCGGCAAACUCUAGUCAAUGCUGAUGGUGUUAUUGAGUCUUGCUUUACACCUGGUCAAUAUGCUAUGGAGAUUAGUGCUGCUGCAUAUAAAAGCUCUUGGCGCUUUGACAUGGAAAGCCUUCCUGCUGAUCUCAUCCGCAGGGGUAUGGCAGUACCUGACCCAACACAACCACAUGGUCUAAAACUCCUAAUUGAAGACUACCCAUAUGCCACUGAUGGGCUCCAAAUAUGGUCUGCAAUCGAGAACUGGGUUCGCACCUAUGUGAACCACUACUACCCAAAUUCAAGCCUAAUUUGCAAUGACAAAGAGCUACAAGCUUGGUACUUUGAGUCUGUCAAUGUGGGCCAUGGUGAUCUAAGCCAGGAAAGCUGGUGGCCUACAUUGGACAAUGCUGAUAAUCUAGUCUCAGUCCUCACAACCCUUAUUUGGCUAGCUUCAGCACAACAUGCUGCACUUAAUUUUGGUCAAUACCCAUAUGGUGGAUAUGUACCAAGCCGUCCACCCCUAAUGAGAAGAUUGAUACCUGAAGAAAAUGAACCUGAGUAUGCUAUUUUCCUAGCUGAUCCUCAAAAGUAUUUCCUCCAUGCAAUGCCUAGUGUACUACAAGCUACAAAGUUCAUGGCUAUGGUUGAUACACUUUCAACACACUCCCCUGAUGAGGAGUACCUAGGGGAGAGACAACAACCAUCUGUUUGGACCAGUGACGCUGAAAUCAUCAAUGCAUUUUACGAAUUCUCUGCUGAAUUGAGACGGAUAGAGAAGGAGAUUGAUAGGAAGAACCUUGAUACUAGCUUGAGGAAUCGAUGUGGGGCUGGUGUGUUACCAUAUGAGCUACUUGCACCUAGCUCAGGACCUGGUGUAACAUGUAGAGGGAUACCAAAUAGUGUGUCAAUAUGAAAGGGAUUGAGACUCACUUUAAUUGGUCACAUUUAUCAGCUUAGGUAUAUAGUCUAUUAGAUUUUUGAGUUGCAAAUGACUCUGUCUAGAUAAAAGAAUUUGCAUAUAGCUUCUCAUAUGCAUUUUGUAGUCUCUGAUUAACUUAUAUGCAAUAAAGCUCAUAGCAUAACUUUGGUUAAACAAAUAAAAUUGAUCUUAAGGAUUGGAAAGUU